UUUUACUUCGGCUUCUCCACCUAUAUAAGGCCUCGGUCUUGUCAUCAGGGACAUCAUUCACUCACAUCUCCAUCACUCAAAACAUCAGCAAAGAUGCACCGCAACGCCCUCUUCUCCGUCGCCGUCGCCUUCGGCCUGCUCCAUCUCGCCAACUCCAUCCUGCUCCUCGAUGCCACCGGCACACUCACCGCCGCCUCCUUGUCUACCAUCGGCGUGGGCGUGGGCGUCUCCACCACCACCGCCGCUGCCGCGACCGCGCUCGCUGGCGUGGGCGCCCUGGCAGCCGCUGGCGUGAUCCUGGCCGCGAAGGCCUCCUCCUCCAACGGCAAGCGCUCCGCCAACAGCUGCUUCCCCGUCAACAACCCCGACCUGUUCAUCACCCUCGCCGCCAACUCCGACAAGCUGGGCUGCGGCAUGCGGCUCGUGUGCGAGCUCGAGGCCACGCCCGACGAGGCCCUGUCCCACGAGGAGCGCCUCAUCCUGGGGCUGUUCGGCCGCUCGCCCGCGCCGGUCAACUUCGACCAGCUCAACACCCCCAAGGCCGGCUUCCAGUACGCUGCCUUCGUGGGCGCCAAGGCCGCCUCCGUCGCCGAGUGCGCCUCCACCUUCAACCAGUGCCCCUUCGACCGCGCCACCAUGAUCGAGGCCUUCCAGAGGAGCGGCACCAACGCCCUGUGAGCGGCGUUCCAUCAUGAGGCUGGUCAGGCACUCCGUCCUUUCCUCAUUUAAAUUUAAUUUUGUGAUUCUUUCAGUCAUGCACUCUCUCUUUCCUGUGGUAAGAUAGCCUGUACAUAUACCAAAGGAGAUUUUAUACCAAUAUUUUCUGUGUAAUAAAAUGACCAAAAAUCA